AAUCGCUAGCUCGCUCAUCCGCUCGCUUUCGUGCCUAGCGGUCCUUGAGACCGAGUGCCCGACCGACCGACCGACUGACUGACUGACGUACUGACCGGCCGAACGAGCGAUCGAGCAAACGACCGAUCGACGGACCGUCCAUUCUUUCGUCAGCUGUUCGUCCGUCCGUUUCCCAACUAUGUUAUCUACGUGCGCGGGUGUAGAGUGUACGCGGUGUGAAGUACAGUGAUCGCAUCGGAAUUUUGUGCGAAGGAAUCCGAAAAAACUAUUAUUCGAGCCAAAGACACGACGACGGACAGGCUGCUGCUCAGAGACGAAACCCUCCGACAAUUCGGGGGUGGGUUAGCAGCCGGGAUGGUGGAACGACACACAGGUUGCGAUUGCGGGAGAAGUUGGUGUAGUCUUUGCGGAACCAAUUCCUUAGCGUCCGCCGUCGCGCAAGUCAACGGAAGGCUUAACGCAGAGCAGAAUUCACCGAGUCCAUCACCCGUGGAGAAGCCUCUUCCACCGCUCGUCUUGGGAAAAGGCGGCUCGGGCAGUUCUUUUCUGUACAACUCUCCACAUAUGGCACCGCCAUCGCCUUCGAAUACGCCGACCGACAAUCUACUCCCAGUGGGCGCCCAUUCUCCUUAUAACAAGAAUACCUCAGGCAAUGGCUUUCCAGGUGGCGCGUUCAAAAAGCUGAAGGUGGAACCCGGCUGCCUCCCGCUGUCUACUGCACCUCAAGGAUCUCUUAGCUCUCCGGCUUGCUUGCCUCAAACUCCAGCUCGGAGAAGACACAGGACGACGUUCACCCAAGAGCAGCUGCAGGAAUUAGAAUCUGCUUUCGCUAAGAGUCAUUAUCCAGACAUAUACUGCAGAGAAGAAUUGGCUCGCAUAACGAAGCUCAACGAGGCGCGGAUCCAAGUCUGGUUUCAAAACCGACGAGCAAAGUAUCGCAAGCAAGAGAAACAACUCCAAAGAGCCUUGGCUGGCCCGUCAGCGAUGUUACCGGCGGCUUGCAUGAGAUCCAUGUACCCCACCGGAGCCGCUCAACAAAGUCCCGGUGUCGUAGGAGGUUAUCCCGGUGCUGGAUAUGGACCACCUCCUCAGAGUUUGAGCGGACCAUCGCCAUCGCACUACAUGGCGGCGCAAGGCAACCCCUAUUGUCCAUCAUCUCAAGCGGGGACACCAUUCCACUCUCAGGGGACAUCCGGCAAUUCCGCAAGCAACUCGCCGGGUCACGAAUGGUAUACAAAGGCAGGAGCUUUAGCGGGACUUCGAUUGAAUUCUUCGUCAUUACAUUACCCCUCGAGCUAG